UAAUAUCUCAAAAAGAAAUAGAAAAACGUGGUUUAUCAUUUUACCUUCUUCACCUCAAAUUGGGGGAAAAUCGCCGCCGAGAAGACGACGGAGCAACCAAUUUACAACAUCGGAAUGUCUAGUAGAAAUGUAGCCGUGAGAAGUCUCUCAGAAAUCCGGCACCACCACCGGACACCGCUGCCGUCGCCCCAUCUCCCGGACAUCUCGUCAUCUCUCUCCGCUCUAACUCCCAUCACCACCGCCGCCGCCGCCCAAACCCACAUAACUCAGCUCAACACCCUCCUCAGAUCCUUCCUCAAGAACGGCAUCGUCGCCAUCACACCCAAAGAACUCCUCCACUUCUUCAAAUCCCGCCUCCGCCACCACCCCACCCUCAGCCACCUCGACUUCCAUCUCUUCCGCUACGCCGCCGCGCUCGACUCCUUCCGCCACGACCACACCACAUUCGAGUACAUGGCGCGGUCUCUCAUAUCCACCAACCGCCUCGAUUCCCUCCCAUCGCUCCUCGAAUUCGUAUCCUCCAACGCUUGCCCCUGCUCCGAUGGCAUCUUCUCUUGCCCUAGAAUCGAACCCAUUUUCCGUGCCUCCAUUGGCUCGUUCUGCAGGUCCGGUAGAUUCGACAAUGCACACCACGCGUUCGAUAUUAUGACGCGACUAAUCGACGGCAAACCGAAUGUCGCAUUGUACAAUAUCGUGAUCCACGGUUAUGUCAAGAUCGGGAAAUUGGAUAAAGGUUUCAACUUUUACAAGAGGAUGCUCAAUGACAGAGUGAAGCCGGAUGCAGUCACGUUCAAUAUCUUGAUCAGCGGGCAUUGUCGGAACAAGAAAUUCGAGCUGGCAUUGGAAGUUUUCAAAGAGAUGAAAGAGAAAGGAUGUGUACCAAAUGUAAUCAGCUUCAACACAUUGAUCAAGGGAUUCUUUCAGGGUGGAAAAGUACAGCAAGCAGUUGAAAUGGCGCACGAGAUGACAGAGUUAGGGUGCGAAUUCUCGUCUGUUACAUGUGAGAUCUUGGUGAAUGGGCUCGGUAGAAAAGGGAAGAUAAUCGAGGCAGCUGAUUUGAUGAUUGAGUUUCUAAGGAGAGGGGUUUUGCCCAAGGUGUUCGAUUAUUUCGUUUUAAUUGAGAUGCUCUGUAUCGAAGGGAAGGCAGAUAGGGCUCUCGAAUUGAUGGAUGAGCUUUGGGGGAAAGGAUACAAACCGAGUUUGAUUUCUUGCACGACUCUGAUUGAAGGUUUACUUAGAAGUCGAAGGAUUGAAAAGUCGGUUGGUUUGAUGAGGAGAAUGCUCGAUGAGGGAAUUGUACCGGAUAGUGUGACUUUUAGUUGUUUGCUGGAUGAUAUGUGUGGCGGUGGAGGAGCGGUGGAGGCGGAUAAGAUGAGGCUGGUGGCUUCGAAAAAGGGUUUGGUUACAGAUGGUGUGAUGUACAGAAUCUUGAUCUCGGGGUAUACGAGAGAAGGGAGACGAAAGGAAGGGGAAGCCGUGGUGGAUGAGAUGUUGGAUAGAGGGUUUGUACCUGAUAUUGCAACUUACAAUAUGUUCAUGGAUGGCCUUGCUAAAUCUAAAGGUUGUCUUGGUUAGAUGAAAAGAGUAGUUUUGUGGACGAAAUCGGAGAUAUGAAAAAGGGCGUUCGUAGCAGCAUUUGCGAUUUCAGCAGCAGCACCACUAGCUAGCUAACCGAAGGACACAAAUCUACAAGUACAUGGUCCAGUAUGUGUGUUUAUUUCCCUUGGAAGAAAUAAAAGAGAGACGAAUAAACAAAUUUCUUCGGAAAUUGUACUUAUUUUUCGGUUACAAAACAGUAUUGAUCUAUCAUGGUAAAUUGAAUGUGAUGGUCGAACCGUGUACAA